GCCACUAUCGGAAACAAAAACACCGGUCACGUCGCAAUCUUAUGUGCGCAAAUAUAGAGCUUAAACCUUUCCAUUUGACGACAUGUUAACUUAACUUCAACUCAGUGUAAUACGAAUUUAGAUAUUUAUCUGUAGCUUUACAGAGCAAUUUCUAGUUUAGCGUUGCACAUGUGUGCAUGCUAACGUUAGCUCGCUAGUAUAGCAACUUAUCGGUGUAAAUUCUCAGUAUUUUUCUGGGAGGUAAAAUGUUUGCCGAGCACAGGACAAGUUGGAUACUGACUGGGACUGUGGUAGCCUCCGUGGUUGGUCUGUAUGUUCCCUGUGUGCAGAGGACUGUCCCCGGCGGAGACUCAGGAGAGCUGAUCACCACUGCAUGUGAGCUGGGGGUGGCUCAUCCUCCCGGAUAUCCAAUAUUCACCCUCCUGUCUCGCCUGGCUGUGUGUCUAGUGCCCUCAUCGUCUCCAGCCUACAGUGUCAAUCUGAUGAGUAGCCUCCUGGGGGCUGCCGCUUGUGGCUGUCUCUGCCUAACUGUCUGCAGGUUGGCGGGUCCAGAUCCAGGGGCAGUGCUGGCUGGAGGGCUGUUUGCCGUGUCCAGGCUCAGCUGGCAGUGGUCGGUUGUGGCAGAGGUCUUCACCCUCAACAACCUUUUUGUGGGCCUUCUUUUCUUCUUGACAACCUGCUUCCACUGCGCUGAAAGCUCCACCCAGAGGAGGAAGAUUGCUCACUGGGGGGCAUUGUGCUGUGGCUUGGGCCUCUGUAACCAGCACACACUUGUGCUUUAUGUACUGGUCAUCAUUCCAUGGGUCCUUUAUCGUCUCUAUUCUCUGAAGGAGCUGUCUUUGCAUGAACUUCUAUCUCUGGGACUGUGUUUUCUUGGCGGAUUUUUGCCGUAUAUCUACUUACCCAUCUCAUCCUACCUCAACACUGCCCGCUGGAGCUGGGGGGACCAGACCACCCUGUCAGGUCUGCUGACCCACCUGCUGAGAGCCGAAUACGGCACGUUCAGCCUAGCAAAGACAGAAAGCUCCGUGAGCCUGGCUGCUAUGCUGCAGGCCCAGCUGGACCACUGCCUGGCAGAACUUUCGCUCCCUGUUUUGGUACUCGCAGGGAUCGGCGUCCUCCUCUCCUCGUGGGACAGGAAGUGUCGCUCACUGUCCUGGCUGUUGACGGCCAUGCUGUUGGUCUAUUCUCUGUUUUUUGCUUGGAGAGCCAACCUGGACAUUAGCAGACCGUUACUGCUUGGAGUGGUUGAGCGGUUUUGGCUCCAGAGCGACGCUGCAGUGUGUGUGCUGGCCGGCCUCGGCUUGAGCCGGACUCACACUGAGCUGGAAAGAAGGCUGGGAUAUGGAGGGGUGUGGAAGACCACAGGCUGGGCCUUCACUGUGGCUCUGCUUGCACAUAUGGUGCACACCAAUCACAGGGACUGCGACCAGAGCACGAACAGUGUGGUGGAGAGGUUUGGCAGGGAGCUUCUGACCUCCGUCCCAAAUGACUCCAUCAUCCUUACAAGAGGAGACCUGCCCGGAAACUCCAUGCGUUACUUGCACUACUGCCAGGGCGUGCGGCCUGAUGUGCGCCUGGUCGACCAAGAGAUGAUGACAUAUUCUUGGUAUGUGGCAAAGCUGGAAUCGCACCUCCCUGGAGUCCAUUUUCCCGGCGGAAGGUGGGACCCGGUUCACUCUGAGGAGAAAGAUGCCUUCAGUCUUGAGCAAUUCCUGUCCCACAACACACAGAGGGACGUGAUUACCUGCAUCGGGCUGUCUGAUGGAGACUCCACCUGGCAGCAGAGUUUCAGCCGCUGGCCCCUGGGAGUGUGCGACUACCUGGUGCCUGUUAGGAGGCAGUUUCACCCAGAACAGUGGGCUCAGCAAACUAGAAACAUCUACAACUGGAGCGAGCCGAACAACAGUUUCCAUCCUGCAUCCUGGGAGCGUGUUGCUAAUGAGGAGAUGUGGCAAGCCAGGAUGAAGACGGCUUUCUUUCUGUUUGACCUGGCAGAAAGGAUAGAGGGAGAAGGGAAAGCUCGCCUCUUUGAGUUGUCUUUCACUCUGUAUAAAGAGCUCGUAGAGGCCCACUCGGACUACCCUCCAAACUGGGACAAGAACCUGGCCCUGGCGUGCGAGAGGCUGCUCCGCUCAGGUCACCGGGGCUACAGUCCAGACAGCCUCCUGACCUGCUGUGUCCAGCACUUCAGUCUGUACUUAGAGAAGGACCCCACUGACCCGCAGGCUCCGGCCAUACGCUCGGCAGUAACCCACCUGCUCAGCGAGAGAGACAGACUCCGUCAGAGCCGGAAGCAAACCCCUUGAUAAGAUCCACAAAGACCCACACGGGGCUUACGCUCUGUUACAUGACCAACCAAAGUACAGUGCCAUCAGAGUCAAGCCUCAGCCGAUGUGCCUUUUCUCGCGGGUGUAAAUUGGAGCACCAAUGGGAUACAAAAUGGUCCAGUAGACCAGACUGGACGUCAGCUGUACUUGUUUGGAUUCAGGUUUAUUGUUGACCAGCCGAGAAGCACAGUUUAUUUAACUUCAGUUAGCUUUUUCUGUCCUCAGUAAAGCUCCGCAUGCUCCCCUUAAACUCACCCAUUCAGUUUAUCUUUACAUCUCAUUCUCUUUUCUCCCCCAUUCUGCUCUCAGAGCUUUUAACGUGGUGAUUAUUUUUGCCUUAGCCUGCGCUCCAGUUCUCUGUUUCUCACAUUAGGAUGGCAAGGCUGAGAUUGAGGGAAACCCAAUUUGGGGGCAGAAAUGGGGGAUUAGAGCGGCUGCUUAAUCUAGGACAGACUUGCUCGGUGCCACGCGGCUUUCUCUCCACAUUACCAGCACUACACACCCACCUCUCUAUCCCUCCAUCAGUCUAUCUUGGAUGGUCCUUUAAAUGUUUAAAACUAAUGGAUUUGAUGAGUGUUUUUUUUACUCUCUUCUUUCCUAACAGGAGGGCUAUAAUCCCUCAUGGAUUUAAAUGAAAUGUGAAAUGUCACAAUGCCAGGGACCCUUUUAGAGGUGUGUUUCUGUGUGCUUGUGUGUUGAUUUUUGUUUGUGUGCAUAUGCUUAAAUCUCCACUCAAGCUUUUUUUCACCCCCGUUAGAGACUCACAUAAACAUGUUCGAUUAAAAACACGGGCACAAUGAAAGGCAAAAUGCUUUGAAAGGCACAGACUCAUGCAAACUCAGCAACGCUUAAAGACCACUGGCUCCCAACUUCCAGGAAAAAGGACUUUUGGCCUUUUGAGUGUUGGAGAGAGGAUUUGAAGAGACCAAAGAAAAAAACGACUUUGGGUGACUUUGACAUGUUCUCUGCGACUGACACCUCAAUCACAGUCCGCUUUUUUUUCUUUAAAUGUUUGUGUUAAUGAACUCAUUGCCAUGAAUUUUCUCCAAGGAAAGGUCCAACCCGCAUUUUUCCGUUAUAAAACAAGAAGCCUGCUGUUUGAGAUACGACUCCAAAGCAAAGGACAGAAAGCGUGUGCGUAUUUUUCUCAGAAUGUAAUCUGUCCUCUCUGUUUGACGGCUCGGGCAGUGGCUGUCAGCUGGCCGGAUGAUGAGGUCUGACCUGCUGUAGCACAGAUGGUUUGGUGUCUCAUGAAAAAGCCAAAACUGUCACUCGGCUGUCUCCAGAUUAAACUAUUUUGAUAAAG